AUGAGUGUCAUCAACGCAAUGUCUCACUUGCUGAGCAACUUUGAGGUGAUGUCGAUUCUCAAAAAGUCACAGGCCGAAGUUCGAGCUUGUAAGAGUUUAGCGACAUUGAGCUACGAGACUCUGAAGCACCUCGUCAACAGCCCCGCUUCGAAGCAGAGUGAAGAGGUUGUGCUUAACUUCUUGCAAGAGAUGAAGAACUUUCCGAAGCCGUUGACGAAGGCCGAGAAGCUGCAGCUGCUCAAUUUGCGGCCCACGAACUUUGCUGAAAUUCAGGUGAUUAUCGAGAACAUGGAAGAACGACUCUCAGAAGCGGAGCUCGAAGAUUUGCUUCAAUUAGUCGCCCGAACAAUACCCUCGCUCGAAGAAGAGGAGAGUCCGCCGGAGGCCACAGACCUAGCUACUGUAGAAAACUGAAUAAACAAGGAAAUGCUCGAGAUAAGAAGGAGCAUGUAGCGUAUAGCCGAAAAAUAUCGAAUCGAGGGAGGUCCAUCGUCUCCGCACCCUAUCUGAAAUUCCUUGUUUGUAUCUUCUGUCGGGAAGAGGAAAGGACAGAUCGAAACACACACACCAUGUCACUGGAGGAACUCCUGGAACUGCGAUGACAGCAGAGUGCUGCAUAGAAACU